UCACACAAACCAUGCGCCCAGCAGAACUCUGACCAGCGACACACGAAAGCAACACGUACAUGUGCAUCCUCUUCCUUCAACGAGCCCACUUUUGCAAGAUUCGUGAUCGGCGGGAGCGUCGAGGACACGCUUGAGCAUCUGCUGGCAGCCGCGGGACUCGGUGAUCUGCUUGCCGGGGUAGGCCUUCCACGAAGGUCCACUCGACAACGAUGCGGUGGAGAUUCAAGGUGGUCGUGGUGGUGGUCGUGGCGGUCGUCUCAUUGGACGGCGAUCCAGGCGCAGAAGAGACGUUCACCUGGAUUGCAUUUAAUGGAGGGAUGCUCAAGUGUUGCACGAGUGCUUAUUCUCUGACCUACAUCGGCUCACCCUGUCCCUGACGGCGACGACCAUGCUGACAUCGAAUCCCUGCACAAUCUGGACCGACGAGCGCAGCACCUCGACGAUCUCAAUCUCCUUCGAGUCGUGGCACAGCCGGCUGGUCCGCUCCCUGUUGAGCGCCGCCUCGGCAGCCAUCCGCGAGCUGACCACCAGACGGCUGUCCACAGGCACCUGCCGGCCGCUCUGGGGAUCUGUAGCCGUCUCCUCGCAUGGAGCUGAUAGACAAGCAUUCGACAGAUGCACACAUGGCUGACAUCCUUACACGUGGCUUACGAGGGAAAGGGCGUUGUAUUUGCCAUUUCCACAGUCCAGUGCGGUUCGUGAAGUGGAUAAAGGUGAAGAAGGACGGUGGCUCCUCCAGCAGCAACAGGCGGUCGGAGGGGGCCUUGGCCUCGCCGACACGCCAGUGGCCGGCGAUGAGCGAUUGGGGUGCGAUGGGGUCCAAUGGGUCGGGGACACACUGCUCACGUUCUUUGUUGAUCGCCCUCAUUGCCUCAUUGCCCAAUACCUGCACACAAGACACACGUGGACAAGAGAAUACACCAGAACAAAGCCAGACAGAAGGGCGACAGCCUCCGGUAUACACACCAAGUCGAGUUUCUGUCUCUCCUGGCAAGACGCCGCAAUCAGAGACGCCUUCGCCAUGCCGUGGAUCUCCAGCCACCGCUCAAAAGCUUCGAGGGUCUCCUUGUCAACUGAACGUCCAGCACAGAACAGAACAGAAGAUCCAUCCAUCCAUCCAUUCAUCCAUUCAUCCAUCCAUCCAUCAACACGGGAUGGAUUGGCUCACGGGUGUCAUCAAUCGUCCUCUCAGUGCAUCCCUGUGCAGCGUCUGCCGCCACAGGCUGAGAAAGGUUCGAUAGCGCGGCAGACUCGUGGAGGGAGGGGAUACUUCUCCUUCCCUGAGCACUGCCAUCGAUGGCUGCGAUGGGGGGAGGGGUGGGGGGGAAGAGCAGCUCGUCAGCUGGAUCGGUGCUCGGCGGUGCGUUGAGGGCGUCCUCUGGGCUCUCGAAAGGCAGAGUCGGGUCAUCGACGUCAGGCUCUCUUGAGUUGAUAAUACCACCUGCAGGCAACCAGGCAAGAACACCGCAGUGCAGAUUUUAUCGUGAGGUCUCUGCCCUUCACUGCAUUCACCAGAUGACCCAUCUGGAAAGCCCUGCACGCGGCGGACAGCUGCAAAUCGUAAAACGGAACACAAUGCAUCUUUCUGAUCCAGUCCAAUGGCCUCGCACACCUCUUCUGGCCUCCAGCGUCUCCUUGAAGUGUCUUCCCCGCUGCGCGCCGACCGCUAUCAGUCGGAUGGUUGCAACGCAGAAGCAGAGCACCGCCAAGGGACGCCAGGAGCGAAGGUGGGCCAUUGUGAUGGGCUCUGGUCGGCCUUUGCAAUGGCGUGUGGAAGACAGAAGCCCUUCCGCGCCGAGUCGCAGAGUCUGCGACUCACGGGCCGUCCUUGGGCCGUCAAGUCAGGGCUGUGCGAUUGUGCGAUAUGGCAUUCGAACUCUCCUCCCAGCAGCUGCGCAGUGUCGCG